GCGUGCCUGCCAGUGGGAAAGGUAAGAUGGCGGCGGACGGAGAUGCGGUGAUUCCGGACCAGGAAAAAGUGCGAAUAGUCUCGGAUUUUAUAUUGCACUCGCCGCCGGGCGAGUUCAACGAGGUGUUCAACGACGUGAGGGUCCUGCUGAACAACGACAACCUGUUGAAGGAGGGCGCGUCCGGGGCCUUCGCUCAGUACAACAAGGACCAGCUCACGCCUGUUAAGAUAGACGGAAGUGACCACCCAGCGCUCAUAACAGAACACAAUGACUUGGGUUCUCAGAGGUUUUACGACGCACGGAGUAAGCAAAGUUUUAAAUAUGAUCACCUGAGAAAGGAGGCGCAAGAUUACGAAUCUUACGAGCCGGAUCCCAUUGCGGAGCCUUGGAGAUCAGCCCUUCAAGAAGAGAUAACGAAUUAUACUCAAAGUCAUUAUAGACAUGGCGCUUGCUCAGUUUUUGGAAAAUCUCUUGGAGGAAACAUAACGCUAACGGCGUGCAUAGAAGAUCAUCAGUUUCAACCUAAAAACUUCUGGAACGGUCGCUGGCGUUCGGUGUGGACCGUCAGUUUCACCCCAAAUUCGGGUAACGCCGAGAUGAGAGGUAGUCUCAAAGUACAAGUACAUUAUUACGAAGACGGAAAUGUACAAUUGGUCAGUAGCAAAGAUGUAAAGGAGAGCCUGCCGAUCUCCAAUGAGAAGCAAACGGCGAAGGAUUUGAUACGGUUUGUCGAGGAAUCUGAAAACGAUUAUCAAACGGCAAUUUCCGAAAACUAUCAAACAAUGUCCGACACCACCUUUAAGGCGCUGCGAAGGCAAUUGCCAGUAAUGCGAACAAAAAUCGACUGGAACAAAAUUGUGUCGUACAGUAUUGGCAAAGAGCUUAAAAGUCAAUAGAAAUAGAUUUUUUUAUAUUAAAAGAAAUAAUUAAAAAAAAGCGCGCAUUUUGCUGCAUGAGUGAAGUCUGGAGGUGUGAUGUGCAUGGGAGCAAAUUAUAACACAUUAUUGAAUAACGUCUGACUAGAGAUAUUCGACUCAUGCAUGCCACUCAAGGUUCCUCUCGACUCCAUAUUGUAUGUUACAAGAAGCAAUAAAACAAAGGAGGUCAACAUUUUUGGCGUUGUCAAUUUGUAUCAAAAAAAUUAAUUGAGAGAGCAUAAUUUCUCCAAGUAAUUCUACAUAAGUUUAUCAUAAAGUAACGUAACGUUAAAUGGCUUGGUAUAAACAUCAUUAUUUCUACAAAUAUUCUUCUAAUUCUUGAGAAAUCAAGAUUCACUAUCAGAUACGGUGGAACCUUCGUAUAAAUCACGCUUCUUCGCUUUUGACCAACCAUCUUUCUUAAAACGAUGUCCGUGAUAUUCGCAUUGUGCAGCAUAGUGCAAAAUAUAAUCUUUAACUUUGGAUGGACAUAAAAGCGAUAAUAACUAUCGAAGUAAAAGAUCUAUUCACUAUUUAUAAUGGGGUAAUGGGGAUCCUUGUUCUUAUGUUAAGUGAUUGAAUUGAAGUUGAAUUCAAUGUGUUGAAUAGCUUGAGAUUGUGAGACACAAAUAGCGAAAAUAAAUUUAAACUUAAUCAUGUAGUUGUGAAGUAACGAGCAGAUGAAGGCAGUUUUUCAAACUGACAAAAUUUAUAGAUUCCUGCGAACUUUAUCAAAAAUAUAGUAACGUCAGUGAGAUAUCUCAUAAUUAUUUAUAUUUUUACUUGUAUAACACUUUUUUCUCUCUAGAGGAGUUUAUUAUAUCGUGUAUAUUAUUAUAAUAUCUAAGAGAAAUUAACACAUUCUAUUAUUCACUGAGAUUACUAUCUUAUUGAUAAUCUUGUCAUUACAACUACAUUGAUCUGCUCUAGCACAAUUUAUCUGUCACUUGAUGGUUCACCCUGACUCAAAGCAAAAUAAUUUUAAUUAAUUAUUUUAUUAUAUAGGCAGUCUUUCCGAUAAUUGAAUACUAAACAGUAUGUUGUUUACGUUUUAUGAUACCAAUAUAAUUGUGGAACGCGAAUAUAAAGCUUGUACGAAAAAAAUACUACAUGAUACGAAAGAAAAGUUUUCUUACGGAUGUGAUGAUGUGCGAAUAAAGUAGCGAAAUUGAAUAGUUUACGUCAGAUAUAAGGAAGACCUUUAGACUGACUCUCAUUUUAAAAGGAAGACAAAUCUGUAACGCUUAAGUCUUAGAUCACUUAAAGCGACUCGAUGACACAUCUCGUGUAUUUAAAAAUUCACGGUUUAAAGAAUGAUAUAUAUGUACAUAUAUCGUUUUUUAUACCCGAAUUUUUUUAAUUAUAUAUAUAUAUAUAAAAAUAUAUACAUAUUCUCUGAUUAUUAUGUUACUUAUCGAUACAACAUGCUGGGGCCAUGGGUGAUAUCAAACGCAUAAUAUAUCAAAUGUAAUACAAAGACAUUAGAUGUGUCGAUCCAUGAUUUGUCAGCCCGGUACGGAACACCGUUAAGUGUUCAUUACCGCGUUUAAUACACAAAGUACGAGAAACAAGGAAACAUAACUCUUAACAGAUAUUGGUGGGCAAGGCCUACUAUUUUUAUCCAACUUUUACAUUUCAUAAAGGUAUAAGUCUAUAUACAUUUUUGUUAAAAUGUAUUGUUUUAUAAUAAGUAUGUCUAUUAUAUGAUGGAUACGUUGCAAAGUUUAAUGAACUACUUGAAUGAAAUAAAUGUUAAUCAUUGCGCAACUUGGUUUCUAAAUUAAAUCACAUUAGUGUAAAACCGUCACGAAAAGAAUCGUAUUCGAGCUCGAGAAAGCAGAAGCGGGAAGUCUCUUGGUGCUAUCGCUUACUACACACAUUACACAGCCAGACAUUGUACGCGAAAACGGAAACUAACAAAGUACAUAAUAUAUUGUACAUUGUAGAAUGUAGCCUAUAGCCUGCUGGAGCCUUAAUCUGUUCACUUUACGUUGGGGGACGGGGGUGGGGUAUGGAGAUUGGGUCUCGGGGAAUAUACUAUGUACAUAUGUUAUUUGGAUGAAUGAAUGCGACGAUCGAUGCGCACCAUCAUUUGACUCUUAAUACAAUAGGAUUCGAAACGUGUGUGUAAUAUUAUUCAUACUUUGUAAGUUACAUCGUAAUUCAAGGCAUCAUCUUUUCGGUCGCAGUUAUACAGCUCUUCAAGGGGGAGAAAGAAAAGAAAAAGAAACGCAAGUUCUUGCCAUUGAUACUUAAGGGUGGUUAAAGAAAAGUACGUAUAAAUAAAAUACGUUAAAUUACCUGUUAGAAUGCCGAGGCGCGAUAACGAAGUUACUCAUGUAAAUACAAUCGCACACAUAUGCUACUUGGAGUCGUUGUUUGUAUUACGUAUGUAAAUUACAAAAAAAAGGGGGCGUUGAGGUGUUUCGAAUCUUGUCAAAACUCUACACGACAUAGUUGCCUACGAUAUUGAAAACUAGGUAUUACCUACAAUCGAGUGUAUCGUAACAUAACAAAACGCAUGUCCUUAUGUAAAAAUUUAAACACAAAAUACAUUUAUCAGUUAAAUUAUGUAUUAUUGAAUGUUAUGAUUGAUUCAAAUAAAGUGAAAUGACACUUUA